AUUUGGUGGUGUUAUUGUAUAAGUAUUAUUUAUAAUAGAAUAAUUACAGAGCGGAGACGGAGGAAGGACUGUUGUUGCUAAGUGCUAAGCUAGCAGUGAUGGCGAGCGCUGCGAAUACAAACAUGAACGCUGUCCGGGAGACCAUGGAGGUUCUCCUGGAGAUCUCGAGACUCCUUAACACAGGGCUCGACAUGGAGUCGUUGUCCAUCUGCGUGCGGUUGUGUGAGCAGGGCAUCAACCCCGAAGCCCUCUCCUCGGUUAUAAAGGAGCUACGCAGAGCCACAGACACACUUAAGGCCUCUGAUAACAGCACAAGCCAAGGAUAAGUCACUCCAGGCUCAGUGUCAGUAAAUGAAACCUUGCUCUUGAAGAAAUUUCACCAACUCACCAAGAGACUGGAAUUAUUUAAUAAGGGAAUUUUUUUUUUUCCCUGCAUUUUCUCUUCAGCCUUGAAUUUGUCAUUGUUAUAAAUGUUUUUUUCCUAUGAAUGAGAGAUUUUGUAUUGGCGUAUACCGUGGCUGUUUGGUUUGUUUGUUGUGAGAUGUCCUGAGAUUUCAGUACACAGCCAGACAGGGAUCUCAUCUCAUUAUCUCUAGCCGCUUUAUCCUGUUCUACAGGGUCGCAGGCAAGCUGGAGCCCAUCCCAGCCGACUACGGGCGAAAGGCGGGGUACACCCUGGACAAGUCGCCAGGUCAUCACAGGGCUGACACAUAGACACAGACAACCGUUCACAUCUACGGUCAAUUUAGAGUCACCAGUUAGCCUAACCUGCAUGUCUUUGGACUGUGGGGGAAACCGGAGCACCCGGAGGAAACCCACGCGGACACGGGGAGAACAUGCAAACUCCGCACAGAAAGGCCCUCGCCGGCCACGGGGCUCGAACCCAGAACCUUCCUGCUGUGAGGCGACAGCGCUAACCACUACACCACCGUGCCACCCCAGACAGGGAUUACAAAACUAAAUAAACAUGCAGGAUUUGUGCUGUUUGCGUUGUUUGUCCACUAGGUGGAGACAACGUGCAGCACUGGGUGAUCUUGUAGCCUGUUGGACUGAUUAUGGCCAGAUCCAUCAUUAACAAUGAGAUCACUGGACCUUAUUGUUCAAAACCCCAACUGAUGUAUGUGUGAGGUUUAUGCUCCUGGUAUUUAUACUAACAUACAACAUUUGCAAUAGAACAAUUCACACGCUUAUUUUUCAUUUGUUAGUCAUGUAUUUCAAAUCCACUUUUUUUUAACCGUACAGGUACGGUUGUGUUCCUCAAAGUACAGUGUAAAUUUACUCACAAAUUUACUCUGCAUCAGCAAAGUUCAACUUUAAUAGUGUUCCUUUACAAAUAAAGGUACAAAACAUUAAGUAUGUGUCUCUUAAAACCCAUGUUUAGUGCCUCCUUGUCUGAAAGUCCAAGCAAUCCAAUCUAAACAUCUCGCAGUGAAGUUGAGGACCCUGCCCCUCCCCCCUCUCCUUACAGUCCCGGGAUCUGAACUCAGAAACUUCACCUUUCAUUGAAUCUAGAUGAUCUUCUACUUACUGAAAUGUUCAUUUGGACCUUCUACUCCAAAUAACGUGUUGCAUUUCACAAAUAAAAUCUCAUAACUCGA